GACCAAUCUUUAUGAAGUAGUGGCUGAGUGAUGAUAGUAACUCGCUUGAUAAUUGCCUUUUUGGUUGAUGUGGCGGUUUAUAGCUUAAAUGUAUUCAACCAUUUAUUCUCAAACACUUCCUUAAAAUACUGCAUAAGCGUUUCAAGCGCUUGGUUGAAUAGAACAAUACUUGACGCGUUAAAAGCGUAAACAAAUAUUUUUUCUCUCGAUAAAUACACGUGAACCCUUUUUUAUCAAAGUAGACCGGACUAGUUCUUGAUUUGGUAAUUCUUAUAAAGUCGGAAUAAGUUACUUGACGUUUACAGGUUUUCGAAAAAAAAAAUGCUCCAUACCGAAUCCUCUUUCACUAGCACUACUACUGUGUCUCACUCUCACUCCUCCGCUUCCCUCUCUAUUCACAUUAGCUCUGCUUCUGAAUUAGUCUCUGCUCAAACUAUCGGUAAGCAAGAUCCCUAUGUCCAAUUUUCUUUGGACUUCAACCAAAAGGAUACCUACUUGAAGACCUUCACUCACAAGAACGCUGGCCAAAAUGCCACCUGGAACCAAACCUUCAACAUCUCCUUGAACGGCGAGCCCGACCUCUUUAUCGAAGUCCUUGAUGAAGAAUCUACUGUUGAUGAAGUAAUUGGUUUCGCUGCUAUUCCUAUCAACCAAGUUGUCCAUGCUCCUGGCGCCCACAUGAACGGUCUCUUCACUCUCUAUGACACCAAGGGUGAAAAGGCUGGUGUGAUUAACUUACAAUUGGCUGCUUCUGGUUUCCCCAAUUCUGAAACACCCAACUUCAACUGUGAACCUGUUUAUGGUAAGAGUUAUGUUCAUGAAGGUCAUUGUCAACGUAUGAAGUCCAACAAGAAGAAGGCUACUGGUGUUGCUGUUGGUGGUGCUCUUCUUGGUGGUGCCCUUGCUAUUGGUGCUGGUUUCCUUGGUAAGAAACUCUAUGAUGAUUACCAGGAACAAGAACAAGAAGAACAACAUCAAGAAGAAGAACAACAACGUCUUCGUGAAGAGGAAGAACAAAAGCGUAGACAAGAACGCGAAGAAUUCGAAAGAGAAAAGGCUGAUUUCGAACGUCGCCGUAAUGAAGAAGAACACCAAUACGAACGUCGUGAUGAAGAUGAAGAACGUAGCCACCACCAUCGUCGUAGAAACAGCUGUUCCGAUGAUGAUGAAGGUGCUGAAAAGUGGAACCCUGUUGGUACCUAUGCUGCUGGUGACCGUGUCAAGUACCAUGGUCAAGUCUACGUCUGUCUUCAAGGCCACACCUCUAACCCUACCUGGCAACCCGGAGUCGCUCACUCUCUCUGGCAAGCCGAGUAAAUGUAAAAUAUAUUCCCCCUUUUUCAAAACUGUGCCCAUCUUUUCUGUAUAAAAAACACAAAAAAAAAGGUUCUUAUGUGUAUACCUGCAUGUGAAUAAAUAAACAAAUAAAAAAAAAGGAAAAGGUAUAAACCUUCUCUCUUUUUUGGUUAAACCAAUACUAUA